AUGAUUUCGCGUGUUAUGAUGCAUUACAUUUCAAAUUUUGUCAAAUCUGGCGAUCCAACAAAGCCAGCUCAAUUGCCUGCAACAACAUCAAUUGCUGAACGUUUUCACAGUGCUGCCUGGCCACAGCUUACACAACGAAAUCGCGAACCUUACUUAGAAAUAACUGAUAGACCACGAGUGAAAAAUUAUUACCGUAAUGCUCAGGUAGGUUUCUGGAAUGGUCUGAUACCACAAUUGCACGCUAAUGGAAAAGAAGGUGUACCUGUACCGGAGGAACAUCAUUUUCUUCCAAAUCAUUUCAAACGUGAUUCAUUUUUUGGUACUGUAAGACCGUAUGCAAGCUAUGCUAAUGAACCAUUUCCACCACCACCUCUUCCACCAACUCCACUACCAAAAUCCAUCGAAAAGCUUGCAAUACUUCCAUCAUAUGAGACAAAUUCUGAUAGAACAUCAACAACUCCAAUACCAUUUGUAAAAGGAGCACAGAAUAGUACAAUGUUAUCGAUAACAGUUGCUGUUGGAUGUGGCCUAUUAUUUCUCAAUAUAUGUAUUGGCCUUGGCCUUUAUAGGCAGUGUAAUAGGAAAGAAGAAACAAAGAAAAAAUUGCAAUUACAAUACCAAACUUACUCAACUAAUUAUCAAUUAAAUGCUACCGAUAUGAACUGUAUCAAUAAUGCUACCGGACAACAGCAAUUAAAUUACAUGUCACAACAACCACCACCAUCAUCACUCAGUCAACGUCCAUCGAUAGCAAACUCAAUAACUGCACCAUUAGAUUCAACAUCAUCAAAAACGAACGAAUUUGAAACGUAUCGUACGAGUUCUUAUCAGAACUACAAUGAUACAUCACAUAAUGAUACAUUAAUUACUAAAUGUAACCUUCAAGAACAGGAACCAUUAUUAUCAACGACAAAUAAAACAUCGAUUGGAUCAUUGCGAAUUGGUGUAAGUCCAACAUGUCCAAAGCAUGGCCGAGUAGCAAUGGUCCAAGCAAAUAAUAAAGUUAACUCAUUAAGUGGCCUAUCAACAGGUGGACAUGCACUGGAAGAAAUACAAGUAUAG